AUGGCGAGCCAAGCAGUGUCCGGCGUCCCCGGCGACGCGGGAGCCCUCCAGAUGGACGAGAUAGCGCAAUGCAUACAGCUCGUCCCCGAGAAAACCAUGCUGGAGAUCAGCAAAGGACCGCUGGGCCGAUUCAUGCAGUCAUGUGAUGACCUACAAAAAGUGAGCUGCGUAUGGCAGAGUCUGCUGAAGACCUUUGCGACGGCAUCCACCUCGCAUAGCCACACCUCGGUGGCUUGCAAUACGCUGAGCGCAUUCCUUGAUGCCGCGCGGAUCUCCAAGUGCGAGGGAACGAGACAGCUGGUGCUGUCCCGCGAGACUUGGCUAUCCGUAUUCGACGUGUUCUUGAUUCGCUUCAAGGACGGAAAGCCCAAGCCGAUGAAGCAGCUGCUAGAGUCCUUGGUGACUCUGCUAAGCAAGAACCUGGCCGAAGAUGACCGACAGUUCAUCAAGUCGCGGAUAAUCAAUGCCACAGUGCCCAGCAUCGUAUUGAACGAGCGUCGUUCUCAGCUCAAGGCGUGUCUCGUUACGCUAGAGAUCCUAGUCCGCAAGAACACUCUUUCGCCCAUCGAGCUGAUCGCAAUGGUUCAGGCUUGGCUCCAGGGAAACGCAGGCCGAUGGGUUCCUCUUUUCCAAGAGGAUUGUAAAGCUCUUUCGAUAGAUGUAAGCCAGUUUUCCGAACGGUCCUCCGACGAUGGUUUGGACAAUCCAGGUUCGCAACGGACGGCCGCGGAGGUGCUUGUGCUGGCUCUGAUGGCCCAGGCAAAGAGCUUCGAGCUGGCCGCGGGUCCCGGAGACACCAUGACAGCUUUCUUCCUGAAAGUGAAAGCUUUGCCCCAGACUAGCUACUCACGCGAGUAUGUGCAAAGUUUGCUCUCUGUCUGGGUCGCCCCGGUUAGACACAUCAUCCUGCAGAACAUGAACCUCCUUGAGCCCAUGUCCUCAUACUUCCUUCACCCUCUAUUUAGUAUUGAUCCCGUCGGGUUCAGAGGAUUUUUAAACCAGUUGCCUUUGGAGAACCUCUUAACUGGUGACAUGCAUGAUGCCCCUGUUGAUGAACUCUCUCUGCUCUUUGCGUCGUUGCAGAUGGCCAAGAAGAUUGGCCUGGUGCAUGAAGAUCAUACCUCCCCCAAAGGCCCCGCCGCCAAAAAUGGAGCAGGCGAUGAAGGACUGAUUUUGAAGAGUGAAGUGAUCGGGCAGUUUCUUUUUCACCGAGAGUUCAGCAUCAGAAUAGCUGCCUUGUCGCUUCUGAUAACGGCCAAUGCCACAACGAAACCAUUUUCGUCCGCUACCAUGAGGGCCAUCUUGAAGGGGCUUCCCUCCUUGCACGCCGAAUCAGACGCCUAUUCUCGAGGGGAAAUAUUGAGUAUCAUACGUAAAUUGAUCCCCCGCCUCAAAGGUGGUAUCAUGAGUAGUGAACAGAAUUGGGCCGAGGUGAUGGCUUCGGCAAACAAGAAGCAGCCCCCAAACUAUGCGCGCGAUGAUCCGGAAACCCAGGCCUGUUUGGCCGAAUACCUGGAGUUCCUCAAGACAGACCUGCAGCCCACGGCAUCCUACCCUCGUCAUAUCACGUCCUUGAAAACCUUGAUUCUCCUCUUGGAGUCUGGUCUGGAUGCUCGUUUUGAAGGUAGCAUCGUCAGCAAAAAUGAAGGAAAUUUCACCAAAUGGAGAUUCAACGUCGAAGUCUUCGAACCUAGCCUUUUGCGAUUGCUGGUUGAUUUGCUUCUCGAUCCCUUUGAAGAAGUGCGAGCUAGGUCUCUCUCGAUUGUGAAUCUGUUUCCGCGCAAUCUCUUGCUUGGCGAUGGCAUUCAAUUGGGUAGCAGCGCCUCGGACAAGGCGCAGCUGCUAAGCGCGUUGAGCACGGCAGAACAAAUGGCGAGCAGAACUAGCCGCGCAGAUUAUGCGGAUACCGUCGCUCGUCUUUAUCACAUCCUAUUCUGCGCGGCGCAGCGGAGUACUUCCGGCGCCUCGCAAUGGUGGGAAACAAAGACUGGCGUGGUUGAUACCAUUCUGAAGAGACUGGAGGCCAAGCUGUCCCUUUCGGGGGCUAUUGUCAAAUACCACCUACGUGAUGCACCACUCCACGGACACGUUUCCGCUCUCAGGUAUAUUGUUGCUAUGACGGAUUUCCAUAUCUUGAUAUCCGACCCUGAAUCGCCAAAUCCCGAGAACUGGCGGUCUACACACGCCAGGAUUGUGUUUGUCUGCGACAAGAUUUGGAACGAAGUGAAACCUGUGCUCUGCAUCGACUCCCCAGAAGGCCACAGUGAUGAACCCGCCGAAGGGCUUUCUGUUGGGCCAAAGGAUAUCCUGUCUUACUCCUGGCGUGCUCUGCGAGAAUCGAGUCUCCUUCUUCAUGCGACCCUGGCAAACUCUACAUACGGCCCGCAGGGAUUGUCAGGAUUGACCUAUGAGGAUUAUGAGAAGAUUGGAACAACCAGCUUUACGCAGCUUGCUGAACUCCGUCACAGAGGAGCCUUCUCGACUGUCUCUCAGACCUUUGCCACUUGCUGUUUGCGGUGUGGGCAGUCUGGCAAUGCAGAGAUUUCCGAGCUUCCGAACCGAUGGUAUCAGGAUGCUAGGAAGAUCAUAUUUGAGGCUGCUUCUAAACUUACUCGCCGAUCAGCCGGUUUACCCGCUUUGAUCACUGGCAUAGUUUCAGCAAAACCGGGAGGACCGCUCUUCCAAAAGAUUGUUGAUGACCUUCACGAAAUCUCUCAUUUACCGGCUUCCCAUGAUAGUGACAAACAGGACCUGGAACUACCCCAAGUACAUGCCAUGAAUUGUCUAAAGGACAUUUUCACGAACAACAAGUUCGGGGCUUUCACUGAGGCCUUCAUCAUGCCUGCAUUAACCUUGUCCGCUGAACGAAUUGGAUCUCCCAUAUGGGCACUUCGCAACUGCGGGCUGAUGCUAUUCCGUGCUCUAUUAACGCGUAUUUGCCGCACGGGGACCGGCUUAGGAUUCGGUGGUAAAUCCGGGUCGGAGCCUGGAGCUCGUGUUUCGUUCCAGAAGUACCCAGGCCUCAUUCAGCUACUCUCAACACUCCUUACUGAGGAAGACACACGGAAUAUUGCCGACCAGGAUGACCAUUCCAUUGUUACGGAACGUGUUUUCCCAGCCUUGGAGCUCAUUGCUGAGAAGGUGCCGAAUGUUUACGAUGUCGAUGAUAGCCUGAUUCUUGGAUUGGUUAAGACACAAUUCAGUAGUCCCGUUUGGGGUAUCAGGGAGCAUGCUGCCCGAGUUUAUGCAUCGAUUCUGAAUCGCUCCGACAUCAUCAAGGACAUCAAGUCACUUGUUGAUGCUGACGCACAGUCGAAAUCCCAGGACUUGCUCCACGGAAAGGCUCUUUGUGUGCAAUAUGCGCUACGUAGAUUCGCACUUGUCUCUAACUCACUCUGGAACGGUAUGUUGGCCUGCACUGAAGCUACAACCGAUUUUAUUGACGCAGAGUUAGACCACGUGGAGGAGUUAUCAUUUUUUAUGAAGCACUUAUUUGCGGUACUUUUCCCGCUGGCCGAAUCGCCAUUUGUUGCCACUACUCUGGUGGAAACCCUGACAGAGUCCGUGGUGAAAAGCUUCGAAUCUGGAGCCGACAAAACCUUAUUCGCUACCCUGAACGACAUCUUUGACACACACGCACUCUAUGACAUUGUGGACUUCAUUUUCGAUUCUUCGCACCCGUCGUGGAAAUCGUUGAGCACAACGCGCGCGGCCUCUCUCCUAAGAAGAGCGCUAUCAUGGGCCGCGGUUCUGCGGAUUCUCGGUACAGACCAGUCCAACGAGGAGUUGGAGUCAUUUAUUUUGAAGGUUUCCUGUUUUGAUGCCAAUGUCGGCGCUUGGCUUCUUGAACAGUUGCAGGAAACAUUUGGCCAGAAUGCUGCAAACAGGAACAUCCUUCUUCGCCUCUACUCAGUCGUCAUAUUGGGAGCCUACCCCGAGGAUGUCAAAUCAUCAGCGAUUGACAGCCUAGCGUCCUGCCUGGAGAGUGUCCUUGAUUUCGGCUCCGACAGUUUCGGCGGGAUCGUACUGCCGUGGGAGGCUUUAGACAGGCAAAUCAACCCCGGUCCAGCCGCACCCAUUUGGAACCGGGUUCGAUCAGACGCGGAACUGCGUCUUCAGGGAUGCCUCUUGGCCGCCAAGGUUCUUGCAAAUCAAUGCCAGAGCUUACAGGAGGACGUCACUAGGUGGGUCAUCAAGCUUCGAUUUGCGAUGCAGGAGGAAACGGAAUUCACGACCCGCCAUGCUGCGGUUUCCUCCCUCACCGCAUUUGGGCGUGUGCUCCGUUCCCCAGGCAAGGCCCCUCUGGCAGAGACAUUUUUCCUAGAGCCAUACUUGAUCCUAUAUGACAUGCUGAAUGACGAUGACGAGGAACUGCGUGAUCUCGCCGCCUUAACCGCCUCAUGGGUGCUCUCGUAUUCAUCCGUCGCAUCAUUCAAGGCUGUCACACUCUCCCCGUUCAAUGCCAGUCAACUUCUUUCUGAAUUCGUCGUCGAUAAUUACGCCGGGUCCCCUCUCCUCUGCAACCGGGUAAUCCGGUACAUCACAGGCCAGGAGUCCCGAAUUGGCGGAUCGACCCAAAGGAAACGCCAGACUCCGGUUUCAGACCUGAUUUCUGAGUACAUGAAAGAAAGCACCACCCUAUUCGAGGAAGAGAAACAGAACCUCUUUAUCGACGAGGUCCGCGAAGUUAACCGGUGGUCUGGACAGCUGCUUAAACUGGCAGCAGGCUCGUAUGAUGACCGCUUGACCCGGUCGGUCUGUCAAUGGGUUUCCGACGGACUAUCGUAUCUCAUCGAGUUGGCCGUGAAUGGUUCUGGGCCGGGCAAGGACGGAUUCCUCGGCUGGACGACAAAACCCGAAACCUUUACUUUGGGUGUCCGUCUGAUCGAGCUCGCAGGCGUAAUGGCAUCGCCUGGGUUCCCUGCCUCCAAGAACCUUGGUGGCGACGAACAAAUCUUGAAGGAGAAGUUACAGCUGCUCUACAUGCAUGGGAAAGCGGUAUCGUUGCAUGUUGACUGGCUCUCGAGGAUUCAGCGGGCAGUAGACGCUUCAUGA